AUGCCGGAGCCGGGACAAGAGCCCUGCAGCAACACUAGCACCCAACCACCCCAGCCGCCGCCGCCUCCCCCACCUCCUCCUCCGCCGCCGCCGCCGCCUCCACCGCCACCGCCCAAGGACUCCCCGUUCUCCAUCAAGAACCUACUCAAUGGAGACCACCAUCGGGCGCCCCCAAAGCAGCAGCAGCCCCCAAGGACGCUCUUCGCCCCGGCCUCAGCCGCUGCAGCUGCUGCGGCCGCGGCUGCUGCCAAAGGGGCCUUGGAAGGCGCAGCCAGCUUUGCGCUCUCGCAGGUGGGCGAUUUGGCUUUCCCCCGCUUUGAGAUCCCAGCGCAGAGGUUUGCGCUACCAGCGCACUAUCUGGAGCGGUCUCCAGCCUGGUGGUAUCCCUACACCCUGACCCCCGCGGGGGGACACCUGCCCAGGCCAGAAGCGGCCGAGAAAUCUCUCUUGCGAGACUCGUCCCCUGCUUCGGGCACAGACAGAGACUCUCCCGAGCCGCUACUCAAGCCGGACCCGGACAAGGAGCUGGACUCCAAGAGCCCGGACGAGAUCAUCCUAGAGGAGAGUGACUCGGAGGAAGGCAAGAAGGACGACGCGUCAUCUGGGGCCGGCGCCGGGGCAGCCGGGCAGGGCGGCGAGGACUGGAAGAAGAGAGCUGACAGCCCGGAGAAAAAGCCCUGCCGGAAGAAGAAGACGCGCACGGUCUUCUCCCGGAGCCAGGUCUUCCAGCUGGAGUCCACAUUCGACAUGAAGCGCUACCUGAGUAGCUCAGAGCGUGCGGGCCUGGCCGCCUCCCUGCACCUCACAGAGACCCAGGUGAAGAUCUGGUUUCAGAACCGCCGGAACAAGUGGAAGCGACAGUUAGCGGCCGAGCUGGAGGCGGCCAACUUGAGCCACGCAGCCGCGCAGCGCAUAGUGCGGGUGCCCAUCCUCUACCACGAGAACUCAGCUGCCGAGGGCUCCGGCGCGGCCGGGGCCCCAGUGCCAGUCAGCCAGCCGCUUCUCACCUUCCCCCACCCAGUGUACUACUCUCACCCAGUCGUCACAUCGGUGCCAUUGCUGCGGCCGGUCUGAAGGUGGGGCAGGGGAGGGGGCGCUGGGGACCCUCCCCUAUCCCCCACCCCGGGACUGGACGCGUGCUUGCGUGUGCAGGGGUGUGUGUCGACUGGUGGGGAGUGAGGUGGGAUUGACCCUCCCGGCUCCCCAGCUCGGAAGGGUCAGGAUCAGCUUCAAGAACCGGAGAGCAGGGGUCAGUGUCCCCUUCCCCCUUCCUCCCCUCUCCCCCAAAGGUAACAUUUUUGUAUGUAUUCUCAAUGCAUUUCCGUGCAUUUCACCCUCUCUAGAUUGGAAGCUGUCUUGACUCUUGUCGGCUUUUCUUUUGGUUGUAAGAAAGGGAGGAAAGCAAACCCUGACUCAAAAUUUUUCCGUCCAAGUCUCUAACAUGCCACCUCCAGCUCCCUGCCCUAAAUGUGCUGAACCCUAGCUUUUGGUUUUAUUUUUAAAUAAAGGAAAUAAUAAAGCAAGGGUUCAGGGGGAAGAGAGAGAAGAAACCCUCUAGUUCUCUCCUCUUUUCGAUCAUCAUUUCCCCAAAUAUCCCGAAGAAGGGAAUUAGCAUUGCACUGCUUUCAGUUCUUGGGUUUUGUUUCUUCCCUAACCAUUCAGUUUUCCUCCUCUUUUAGUUAUCUGUUCCCCCUUUUAAAGAAACCAGUGACAAGCUGUUUCUCUCCACCCCACCUCUCUAGCAAUUUACCUGUUUGGGGACUGGAAAAUUCACUAACGAAGUGUAAAAGGAGAAAAGAAAACCAAAAGAAAAGCCCCAAACAGAAAAUGAAAACAAUUCCACCUUCUAACCUGGUUUGAGUGAUAUUAUUUAUUGGUAACCUAUUAUUUAGGGAGUAACCCUCCUUUGUAAAUUAUUCUUACUAUUAUUUCUACAACUUUCUCCUUUUUUUGUAAUUUAAUUGUUGUACUUUGACCUGUGCAAUAUUGUACGAAAUUUUCUGAAAGCACUGCGGCUUCCUCCAGGGAAGGGAAGGAACAUUUUCAUUGUAAAAUUGUGAUCAUUCGAGUAGCAAAAUUAAAGUAGUGGGGGAAGAAGGGGAAGGAAGGACGCUAGGGAAAUUGAGCACUAGCUCUGCUCAGAGGCAGCUGGUUACUGGAGCGCUUUAAGUGAAGGACAAUCAAUUUAGGAUAAUUUUAACUUAUUUGAUAAAUGUACAGUUUUCUUGUAAAAUUCACCCUAAACCUCACAGCCCCGAGGUUCUGCCAUCCAAUCCAACCUAUGUUUCCUUCUGUCUACUAAGCCUGUUGUCGGGCAAUAGGUUCCCGUCAUCUCCCUCCUCCUACCCCCAAGGAUUUCCUUUUACAUCUGUCCGGGUUCAAUCUCUUUUUAAGAAAAGGAAAAAAAGUAAAAUAUUGUUACGCUGAAUGUCGUCGUGAGAUUG